GCAGCAGAAGAACAGUAAAGGUACAGUAGAAGAAUAGUGACGGUACAGUGAAGGUACAGUAGAAAAACACUAGAAGAUCAGUAAAGGUAGAGUAGAAGAAGAGCAGAAGAACAGUGAAGGUACAGUGAAGGUACAGUAGAAGAACAGCAGAAGAACAGUGAAGGUACAGUAGAAGAAUAGUGAAGGUACAGUGAAGGUACAGUAGAAGAACACUAGAAGAUCAGUAAAGGUAGAGUAGAAGAACAGUGAAGGUACAGUGAAGGUACAGUAGAAGAACAGCAGAAGAACAGUGAAGGUACAGUAGAAGAGCAGUAAAGGCACAGUGAAGGUAGAGCAGAAGAACAGCAGAACAGUAAAGACAGAGUAGAAGAAGAGCAGAGGUUCACGUUUUAUUCUCCACUGACACACUGUGACUGUGACACUGCAGACAGACAGGGAUCAUCCGGGACAGAUCGCUAAUACAGCGCAGUGCCGUGUGUGAUAUGAUGAGACAGUCUUCUUCUGGGAUCUUCGUGAUUAAGGGCUUUACGACACAGCAGACAGACACUGACACGCGCGCGCGCACACAUACACACACACACACACACACACACACACACACGCGGAAAGACACGCGCGCGCGCGCGCGCACGCGCACACACCUGGAGCUGGCGCUGCGUGUGCCGCUCGGGCUGCGAUCGCUCUUCUCCGUGUUCAGGAAGGAAGAGGAAGAAAGGGCGGCAGCAGCAGCAGCAGCAGGCAGCAGCACCGUGAGCUCGAGCAGCACGAAAGAGCCGCGCGACGCCUGCCUGCGCUCGGACAUCAUCAUCAUCAUCAUUAUCAUCAUCAUCAUCAUGUCCACGGCCACCGCCUCCAUGGCUGACGACGUCUCGAGGACGGCGCUGGGAGCCGAGCACGGGAACCACGGCGCGAACCGAACAGGGCAGUGCCAGCCGAUGCCGCUUCCUGCCGUGGGCACGCUGAGUGUCAUCCAUGGUAACGGCACUAAUGUGGGCACCGUGAUAUCCUUGCAGUGUCCCACCAAGUACAGGCUGGUGGGGGACAAUGUGGUGUCCUGCGUGUGGAACAGCAACAGCACCCUGUGGACCGGAGGAAUGCCCUCGUGCAAACCCCUUUCAAGGUUUGAGGACUUUGGGUUCCGAGUGGCUGUGAUCGCCUCCAUCGUGAGCUGUGCCAUCAUUCUCCUCAUGUCCAUGGCCUUCCUCACCUGCUGUCUGCUGAAGUGCAUCAGGAAACAGGAGAGACGGAGGCUCGAAAGGGAGACACAGCUGUGGCAUCAGCUGGACCAUGAAGAUCUGGAGGAGAUGCAGUCGUCAUACUACGGCCACAAAGGGCGCAACAACAACAACAACACAAGAAAGCCAAAAACAGUGGCGGAGAGGUGCCGUGAUCCUGCUGAGUACAGCAAGAGAGGUUCCUACAGAUACCAUUGCGAAUAUCCACACGCCAUCGAUGACUUUGUCUUUGGCCCUGCCCCCCUGCCCUACGGAGACCCCAACCAUCUCUGCAGGCUCCACCCCCCGUAUCAAGCUCUGCCCCAGAGCUUCAUCCCAGCAGGACGUGACAUUUCAGUGGUCAGUGGAAUGUACGUUGGCGACCCCUACAGGAAGGUUGGGAACACCAUCUACACCCAGGUGCGGCCCACGCCUGUUGUGCCCGUGUGAGGGGGCCAGCACAUGGGCCACGAACAAUCUGAGACUUGACAAACUACUCGGCGUGUCCGGACUAGCAUCACUCCUGCCUUAAACUAAACUUUUACAAGACGAAUGCUGUAGUUUGCCAGGAUUUAAUUUGAACAUUUGGUACUCCUAACAGACAGAUGGGCUGUAGCCUUUAGGAAGCCCUUGUCAGUUUUUAUUUGUUUUUAACACUCUUCUUCGGGGAAGUUAGUCCACCAGCGAGCAACGGAUAUUUUACUGUCAAAUACUAAAAUGUAGGAGAACCAAGCAGUGGAAUGUACUGUUUAAUGUCCCUUAGCUUAUCAUACAUGCACUUGUUAAAAAAAUGUAAAAGAAUGCGGACAAAAAUGCUUUGUCGGUGUAAAUAAUAAGUGAUGAUGGUUGCUCUUUUUGCAAAAGGAAUCUGUCUUCCCUGCGAGAAGCCAGGCCCUCUUUGGAGUGUCACAGUCAUGAAUGCAGUCCUGUGUAAUCUGUGAACUCUUGUCACUGGCAUUCCUCACUGCGGGAUGGACACAUGGAGAAAGACAGUUAGCCAACAAUUAUUUAAAAUUUUCCUAUGGAAAAGGAGAAAGCCGUGAUGUACUACUGACAAUAGUACAGUGAACGUUCCAGCAAGUUUGUAGG